AUGACAGAAAAAGAUAUUGUGGAAGAUAUCGAUGAUGAAUUCAAUGAUAAUAACGACAACAAUGAUAUUGUCCAUGAAGAAACCGACCCUGUAAAUGUUCAAAUCACCGAUCUCCCUGAACUUGCCAGAAAGGAUAAAACCUUGAAAGAAGUUCUCGACCUAAUGGACGGAGACUACGCACCCAUCAUCCCUGACACGGUCACUGAUUACUACCUCGCUAAAAAUGGGUUUGAGUCCAGUGACAUUAAGAUCAAGAGAUUGUUGGCCUUAGCUACCCAGAAGUUCAUCUCCGACGUGGCCCAAGAUGCUUACGAGUACUCCCGAAUCAGAAACUCCUCCGCCGUCUACAACUCGUCCAAUCCACAAGUCAGAGCAAAGCAGUUGUUGCAGGGCCAACAGUACGCCAACCAGCAACAAAUCACUGGGGUCAAUAGUAAUAAUGUCGACGGAGACAUCCCUCAGCAUACGUCGAGUAGUAAUGCCGGUAAUCAGCAGGGAAAGAUUGUGUUAACUAUGGAAGAUUUAAGUAGUGCCUUGACGGAGUACGGGUUGAAUACCUCGAGACCUGAUUUUUACAGGUAA